CCGGCCGGGUGGCUGCGUGGGCUGCGUGCGGGUCCCGACGCGGUUCGGUUCCGUGGUCCGUGCGAUCGGGGCAGCGAGGUGGCGCCUGGGCACUGGAGCCCCGCCAUGGCGGCAAGCUGGGCACUGGCGUGCGGCCGGCUCCGGCGCGGCCCGGGGGCUCGGCUGGCCGCGGGCUUCUGCAGCGGGACCCCGGGGCCGCGGCCCACCCGCGCGCAGCAGCGGGACGGCGUCAGGAGCAUCGUCCUGAGCAACCCCCAACGGCGGAAUGCACUGUCCCUGGCCAUGCUGAGAUCUCUUCGCAGUGACCUCCUCCACGAGGCUGACAGCCCCGAGCUCAAGGUCAUCGUCAUUUCAGCCGAGGGGCCUGUCUUCUCUUCGGGGCAUGACCUAAAGGAGCUGACAGAGGAGCAAGGCCAUGAAGUCCAUACCGACGUGUUCCAGACUUGUGCCGAGGUCAUGAUGCUGAUCCAGCGCCACCCGGUCCCCGUCAUCGCCAUGGUGAACGGCCUGGCCACCGCGGCCGGCUGCCAGCUGGUGGCCAGCUGCGACAUCGCCGUGGCCAGUGACAAGUCCACCUUUGCCACUCCGGGAGUGAACGUUGGGCUCUUCUGCUCCACCCCUGCCGUGGCCCUGGCCAGGGCCGUGCCCAAGAAGGUGGCCAUGGAGAUGCUGCUCACGGGGGAGCCCAUCUCGGCCCAGGAGGCCCUGCGCCACGGGCUGCUGAGCAGGGUGGUGCCCGAGGCACAGCUGGAGGCCGAGACAUCGCGGAUCACGAGCAGGAUUGCCGCCCUCAGCCGGCCCGUGCUGGCACUGGGCAAAGCCACCUUCCACCGGCAGCUGCCACAGGACCUGCCCACCGCCUACCACCUGGCCUGCCAGGCCAUGGUGGACAACCUGGGCCUGCGGGACGGCCGGGAGGGCAUCACCGCCUUCCUGCAGAAGAGGAAGCCCCACUGGUCCCACUGACCACCCGCCCAUGUCCGCCGACAUCGCCAUCAGAGGAAGUGCGAGGGUCGCCCAGCUCAGCGGGAGGGGCUGUCCCUGGCCCCACGCAUCGGGCAAAUUGAAAUCUAGGGCUCACCUUGUCUCUAACCACAGACCCACCCACACCCAGGGACAGGGCCCUGCCGGGAAGGGUCGAAGGGCACUGCACUGCCUGAGUCCCCUCCCAUCCCCUCCCGUGGCCAGUUGGCAGUGGGCUCUGCUCCUUCCUGCGGGCAGUUGUGGGCCUGGCUGUCUUCGUUCCUACCGGCCACUUCACGCGUGAGCUUGCUGGGCACAGACCGGCUGGCGGCCCUGAGCCCAGGGUGACUAAUGGGCUACAACAGCACCUGGACUGCGCCCCUGUCCCCAGCGACCCCCCGCCCGCCUCCCCUACACCACAGUACCUUCUUGUGCCUUUCUGACCAACAGCCAUCCCAGUUCCGCUGGGAUCUGGAAGCGGCUGCGAGAGCAGAGCCAAGUGCCUUCCCCAAAGCUCAUGCUCAGUGGCUGAAGGAGCUGUGAGUGCUGG